GGUGUAAGGUCAGUGAACUUGAUUUCCUCAACGGUUCCUGGAUAAUAUCACGCCUCCCGAAACAAUCGCGGUCUAUCCUCCGUCACUGCGACUGUUUUUGGCAGCCAUUUAUUGCUUCUUUACCCGAGCGACGAGGAAUGAACGAAUCAUCUCAAGAAGAAAGACCAUCGGACAUUUCCCUUGUGGGGUGGUCACUAGCUUUUGGCAUAAUGUCAAUAAUCAUCGUCACAGGCAACUCAAUUGCCAUUGCGGUGCUCACAAGAAGGCGACUACUACGCAGGCGGACAAGCUAUUUUCUUCUUUCUCUUGCUGUAGCUGAUAUGACAGUUGGAAUAUUUUCAGUUCCAGCUUUCAUCUAUCAGUUUGUUAGCUUCUGGCAACAUGGUUCUGUCUCAAAAUCCACGCUUUUGAACAUUGUGAAAGCAAUGGACGUAUUUUGCGGCCUGGGGUCUACAUUCACUCUGACAAUAAUCGCCUUGGAAAGAGUGUAUGCGAUUUGUUUCCCGAUCCGUCACAGAACCUCCACAAAAAGGUUGUACCACGCCUUGGUUUCUUGCGUUUGGAUCUUAGCGACGCUCUUGUCAAGUCUGUACUUUUUCCAUGAAUACGACUUGAUCGAACACAAAGUGUUCUUCUGGUUUCUAAUUUUGACGUUCUUCUCUUCCAUGCUUGUAAUGUUGUUAGCUUAUCUCGCCAUCUGGAUAAAGGCCCGCGUCCAGCAGAUGUACUUUAGAGAGGCAAGUGUAGAGUCUUCUGGAGCUGGAUCCGACCGAAAGAGACUUCCAUGUAUCAACGAAAACAGCAGCAGGGACAGAAGUCGGCGAGCCAUCGAGAAUGACCGAAAAUUGGCCUUGACUGUGUUUAUAGUGACGACAGUUUUUAUCCUAACUUGGCUUCCAUUUCACGUCAUUAAUCUAAUUGUGUUCUUGAGGUGUAAAUCUUUUCCAUGCCUUGCGCAGCCUUCACAUCAACUGAUUUAUACCGUGAAAUUACUUCAUUAUACAAACUCUAUUUUAAACCCAGUUAUUUAUUCGCUCAGACUGCAGGAUUUUCGGUCAACUUUGAAAAAAUUCCUUUACCGUAAAGGAUGAUGCGUUUCUGGGAAUCCGUUACUGUUUUCCAAAAUCAGUUGGGUGAUGGAGAGAUCAAAUGCUCAUGCUUACUCUGCUAAUUUGCAGACAAUUUGACGAGUUAGUAUGCUUUACAGUACCUCAUAAAAAAAGGAAGAUGUGUUUUUGUAGCCUAAGGCUCAUAAUGAAGGGAUUGGAUCACAACAUGCAUAAAAUUCAUUGUAAGCUGACCACUUUUACACAUUCACCAGCUUGAGACGCUCCCAUCGAUCUUUACAAAUAAUCAAUUGCGAAAAAGAACUGUUUCAUUCUUGACAUCAAGCAUAUAUUUCCCCCAGCCCUGGUUUUUAACCAUGGUCUUUAAACCAUGUCUGAUUGUCCACCUGGUUGCCAUGUGAACUUUAAUAUAUCUGUGGGUCUACAUGUUUAUACAGCUGUAACGAGAAAGGUUGUUGAAAAAAAGACGUAAAAGUGCACGCCACAAUCCCAAAAGGUAUUGUGAAUAGUUCCCUGAUUUCAGGAUUUCCGAGAAAUCUGAGAAACGUCACUGUAAGGACGAGGCAGAGCGGGUUCGGGAGCGGGUAAACUUCAUUGAUUACCAGAUAACCAGAUUACCUUUGGUGGUUGUCGCGUGCAAUUUUUUCCUUUUUUCCGACAAACUUUCUCCCAAAAGCUGCAUACUGAAGUAUGAUGCAACUAUACUGUAUGUUACGGCUACAUUCAUGGAAAAAGUGGAAUUGUAGCACC